CUCAUUCCUCCAGUCACGCUGCAACUGCGACUCUCCAUCACAUCCACUUCUUUUCCGCGGACUCAGUCUUUCUUUUUUAAAGGAGCGCUGCCGUGUGUCCUCACGUCCUGCGCAACGACCAUCCAGCUCGCUCCUGACACCCUUUUUCUCGCCAGUUUUGUAGCCUCUCCUCUCCUCUGCUCUCCUCUCCUCAUUCAAUGGGUCUGUUUGUAGUGCUGCUCUGCUCUCUGCUCGGAGUUCUCCAUGGACAAGACGGAGAGCAGAUCUCCAUGGGGGAUUGCUGUAAAGACGGGCAGAAACGUGCCGCUGAUAACGAAGACUGCGCGUCGCUCCCUCUCAUUUCUGGGUCAACCACAUGCAGGAUAAUGCAGGAGCAGUGCUGCAUAGCAGUCCUGGAGGAUAACAUGUGCACCUCUGGUAUCAACAUGGCCAAAGGCCAAGGAGCCUGCGAUACCUUAUACACCAACACCUGCGAUACCAAGACUGCAAAGAUUUGCUGCGACUGUUGCCUUCUGGGGAAGGCAGCCCAAGAGCAGGGCUUACCCUGUGACUCCAGCCUGAGCCUGGGCCACCAGUGCGGGAUAGUGUCCCGUGCCUGUUGCAUGGAUGGGGCCUCAGACAGCCAGAAAGCACUGACAGAAGAAUUGCCAAACCAGGAUGACACGAAGGAAAAUGGAGACGCUUCAGAGCCAAGUGACUCGUGCAAAGGGAAAUGUGAUCAUCACUGUGUGGGGGGUGACACUUGCGGGUGUUUGAAAGGCUACAAACUCAACACAGAUGGAAAGAGCUGUGAUGAUAUCAAUGAGUGUUUGUUGGGAGCCAGCAACUGUCGGGCUGGAGAGCGUUGCAUCAACACAGAGGGCUCAUUCCGCUGCCAGAGGGAGGUCAGCUGUGGGACUGGCUAUGAGCUCACUGACAGCAACAACUGCAAAGACAUUGACGAGUGUGAGACUGGCAUCCAUAACUGCGGCCCUGCAUUUGAGUGCCAAAACACCCAGGGCUCCUUCCGCUGUCUCCCCAAGGUUAAGUGUGCGGCUGGAUAUAUCCAGGACGCCCUCGGAAACUGCAUCGACAUCAACGAAUGCGUAACUGGGUCAAGUCCAUGCAGCAGAGGCCAGACCUGCAUCAACACAGACGGCUCCUACACCUGUCAGAGGAACUCCGUUAACUGUGGUCGAGGGUACCACCUCAACGAAGAGGGCACACGCUGCAUUGAUAUCGAUGAGUGUAAAGGCCCCGAAAAAGUCUGCGAAGGUCACGUCUGCAUCAACAUACUGGGGUCCUACCGCUGUGAGUGUGAAUCCGGCUACAACUUCAAUAGCAUCAAUCGGGUUUGUGAAGAUGUUAAUGAAUGCAGGCACUACCCUGGCCGCCUGUGUGCUCACAAGUGUGAGAACAGCCUGGGUUCCUACAAGUGCAGCUGCACCACGGGCUUCAUGCUAGCACUUGAUGGCAGGAAUUGUGACGAUGUGAAUGAGUGUGAUAGCAGCCCAUGUAGCCAAGAGUGUGCUAACGUCUAUGGCUCCUACCAGUGCUACUGUCGCCGUGGAUAUCAGCUCAGCGACAUAGAUGGCAUGACUUGUGAAGAUAUAGACGAGUGUGCCCUGCCCACUGGAGGGCAUAUUUGCUCCUAUCGCUGUCACAACACCCCCGGGAGCUUCCACUGCUCCUGCCCCGUCAACGGCUACACCUUGGCGAUAAACGGGCGCGGCUGCCAGGAUGUUGACGAGUGUGUAACAGGAACGCACACGUGCUCAGAGAAUCAGACCUGCUUCAACAUACAGGGAGGAUUCCGGUGCCUGUCUUUUGACUGCCCGAACAACUACAAACGUGUCGGACAGACUCGAUGCGAACGCUUGCUUUGCAAUGAGUCUGUCGAGUGCCUGACCAUGCCCGUGAGAAUAACCUACUACUACCUCACCUUCCCCACCAACAUCCCCGUCUUCACCAACAUCUUCCGCAUGGGCCCCUCCCACACCGUGUCCGGCGAUGACAUCCAGAUCGCUAUCACUGCGGGCAACGAGGGCGGCUUCUUCAAGGCGGAGCGGAUGCCCACUGGCGGCGUGAUGUCCGUGGCGAAGCUGCUCAACAAGCCGCAGGACUUUGCGCUGUCUGUGGAGCUGAAGCUGCGUCGCUACGGCUCAGUCACCACGUACCUGGCCAAAGUGCUGGCGUUCGUUACCCAGGAUGAACCCAGAGUGCCUUAUAACCCCCUACUAGAAUAAAAGAGCUACGUACGUCACACGAGUUCCUAUGCUCUUAAAAAAGAUGUGUCAUCUCAAUUGGGUAAUCUCGAGAAGAAGUCAAAAGAUUGCACGGCGCAUGCAAUAUGUGGAUAGUAAACCUUCGAUUAAAUGUUGUCUUCAUGAAAGUCAUUAGCUGAAAAUAACUGAGAGGCCUUUUGGUUCAGCUGUGGUUUGUAGGACUACUGAGACAUAUUAUUUAGACAAUAACAGUGUUUAAUCCAAUUCAGUUUAACAGCAUCACAAAAUACGUCUUCUGAAAUGAACAUUAUAACAGUCACGAAGGGGGAUUUCAGGCAAGACUUUUACUAUUACAUAAGCAUUAUACUGCAUUUGUGAUCAAAAGCACAACUAAUGUUUUGUCAAGUGAGUGUGAUAUAUACUGUAGGUACAUCCAGGUGAUAUUUGUGAUUAUCCCAUGAGUCUGGGACUCUUCGGGCAACUCUCAAAAAGCUGCCCCCUUUCAGUUUUACUCUAUGCUACAUUGCUUCGUUUUAACGAACUCGAACCUGAGUCUGCCCUUCUGUGAACGCACGUGAAACAUGACACAGCCUUUUUAAGAAUGUACAAAAAAAAUACAUUAAACACACAAAAUCAGAAAGAAUAAGCACACUUUUUAGUUUCAUUUUACUUAAUGUCUUUUCUUUAACUCUAGUCUCGAGGGUCGUUAAAUUGCGGCAGCGCGCAUUAGGUCCAACUGAAUGUAAUUUCUUUUUCUUUUUUUUUUUUUCCAGAGGUAAGGCAUUGUCAAAGCCGCUACUGUAGAUGGCGUCCUAGGUUAGGGCAAGUCAUGAAAUGGUAACAGCCCAAGCCUGCGCACGACCGAGUGUAAUUUGACGACGGUUGCAUGAUAAAGUCUGACGUUUUGCAGUAUUUUAUGGUUAUGUGUUGGAUGAACAGUUUUCUAUUAAAAGUGAAAUAGAAAUAACA